AUGUACUUCAAAUUCAACACCGUAUUCACCACCGCCGUCCUCCUCCUUUCCGGGUUGUCCAACGCUACCCCCUCUGCGGUCCGAGAGAACAAGCUAGUCGCCCGCAAUCUCACCACCGACCAGCAGAACGCUCUGGCCAUCCACAACUCGGCCCGUGCGGCCAAGUCUCUCCCGGCUCUGCAGUGGGACGCCGGCCUCCAGUCUGCCGCCCAGUCGUACGCCAACACCAUGGCCUCGACCGGCGCGUUCAAGCACUCGGGCGUCGGCGGAGAGAACCUCUUCUACGAGCGCGGCGGGCGCUACCCGAACCCGCUGCAGGAUGGCGCCAGAGCCUUCGUCAACGAGGCGCCCAACUACCACAACGAGGCCAUCCCUCAGGGCAAUUUCGAGGCCUACGGUCACUACACCCAGGUCAUGUGGAACAGUACCACCAAGGUCGGCAUGGCUUCUGCUACUGGCUCCAAUGGAGCAGUCUAUGUUGUCGCCAGAUACAGCCCUCCUGGCAAUGUUGUCGGUCAACGACCUUACAACUGA